CGGGGACGGCCGCUAACCCACAUUCUAGAAGAUGACUUCAGGCACUGAUACCGAUUUCGAGGUUCCAACGAGCGGCGGCGGCGGCGGAGUUGACAAUGGCGCAUCGGAGGGCGGCGGUGAUGAUGACUUUCCGGUGCUGAGUUCGCAGGCUCUGGCGGCGCUCAAGGAGUUCCUCGAAGAACAGGACCGGGAGGUUAAAGCGGCGGAAGAUGAGGAGGAGGAGGUGACGUUGCUGUCGGAGGACUGGCGGCUGAGUCAGUUCUGGUACGAUCGGCGGACAGCGGAAACCGUCGCCGCGGAAGUCGGUGUUCUGUGUAAGGCGGUGCCAUCUCCCCGCGUUGCGUGCAUUGCUUGCCCCACUCUGUAUGCGUAUCUCAAGAUUGUACCGGAAUUACCAGCACAGAUUCUUGAGUAUGACAAGAGGUUUGAACAAUAUGGGGAUGAGUUCACUUUUUACGAUUACAACAACCCUGUGGAUCUUCCAUCCUCAUUGAAGCACUCGUUUUCUAUUGUCGUUGCAGAUCCUCCUUAUCUGAGCAAGGAGUGCUUAGAGAAAGUUGCAGGAACCAUCAAACUUCUAUCAGCACCCGGAGAAUCUUACAUCCUAUUACUCACAGGCGAGGUGCAAAAGGAUUCGGCAGCAGAUCUUUUAGGGUUGCAUCCAUGUGGUUUUCGACCCCAACACUCUAGCAAACUUGGCAACGAGUUUCGCCUUUUUACCAGCUAUGAUCCCGGGAUGAGGCUCCUCGGCUGGGAUAAAGACUUGUGACACUCUCGUGCUUCUUACAAAACAUCGCAUCAUACCUGUAAGUUAGCUUUCACCACACUUGUAUGUCAUUACAUGGCGCGCUUGAUCGAUGUUUCUUGUGCGCAUAUGUGAUUCACUUUUUCUCCCUUGUUUUUACGGAAACUCUGUCUCGACUCAAUGGGCGACUCAAUGGCGAGUCGAAUUGAGUCGAGCCGAGUUAAGAAAUGUUUGAGCUUGAUGAUAGGAAGCCAUCAAUGGAAAUGUAUUAAUAUAGUUAUAACAUUGGGCCAAUGUUUCUUCUAAGUGUGUUUUUUUUUUUUUUUUUUAAAUUAUUAUUAUCUAUUUUCUAUAAGGAUAUACUCCUAUUUUGUACGGGAAAAUUCCUUGUAGGGUUGUAGGGUUUUAUUUAAAUGUAUUUAUGCAAUU